GGUGUAUAGAGUAUUUCUCAGGCGGACGAUAACCGCCAUGCUUGCCAUUUCAGCCCCUAAAACCCUCACGCCCAACCCGGCGCUAAAACCCUUUUCUUCUCCGCGUGGGGGUUUUCGCAUGCUACCCGACGCUAAAACCCUCAUCUUCUCCCCUUGGGGUUCCCCCCAUGCUGAUAGCAUGCGGGAGAAGAACUCUUCCAGGUCUUGCAACUAGCCUUCCUUCUUCGAGGAUCCGAAACCUGUCCCUACCAUUCCCCGCCGCUCCCCUCAGCCCCUUGCCGUCCGCCACCGAAGACGGGAUUAAAUCUUUCUUGAAAUCCGGAAUGAUCGCCGACGCCGUCUCCCUCCUAGCCGGAGCCCCCGAAACGAGCUCGAAACCGCCAUCAGUUCUCUGCUUCAACCUCGUACUAUCUUCUCUGACUCGAGCUCGUAGAUUCGAGUCCACAGUCUCCCUCUACCACUCCAUGCGCCGCUCCGGCGUGCCCCCGGACCUCGUCACCCUUAACAUCCUUAUCAACUGCUACUGUGAGUGGGGCCAUUUGGAUCUUGCGCGCCAGGUGUUCGACGAAAUAAGGUUCUGGUCUUACUUACCGAAUGCCAUCUCUUGUAAUACUCUGAUCAAGGGCUAUUGCAGAAAAGGUAGGAUCUUUGAUGCGUUUGAUGUUCUCCGUGGGAUGAGGGAGAACGGGCCGAGCCCUGACAGCAGAACCUACUCGAUUUUGAUUGAUUUUGUUUGCAGUAAUUCGAAUUCGGAAUUGGGCAUGCGUUUGAUUUCUGAAAUGCUGAGAAUUGGAUUGGUUCCAAGUGAGAUUGCUUACAAUUGUGUCUUGGCUGGGCUUUGUAGUGGAGGGAAGAUGAAGUUGGCGAUGAUGCUUUAUGCUAGAAUUGUCAAAAUGGGAGUUAAGGGAAAUGUGAUAACAUAUACUGGUUUCAUAAAUGGAUUGUGUCAGGAGAGGAGGCUAGUCGAAGCAAAGUUGCUUUUUGAUGAAAUGCUGGAGAAGGGCUUCUCCCCAAAUGUCAUAACUUACACUGCUCUGAUUCAUGGACUAUGUGCAGUUGGUCAGCUGGAAGAGGCCAUGGGAAUGAUCCAAGAGAUGGUCGGUCGUGGUUGCAGUCCGAAUGUAGUUACGUAUACAGGAGUCAUUGGUGGACUUUGUAAAGAGGGGAUGGUAGAAGAGGCGUUGAGGCUUUUAGAUGUGAUGAUCCAACAAGGGGUAGACCCUAAUGAAUUUACAUACUGUACUCUACUAAAUGGGUUAUGUAAAAGAGGGCAAAUUGAGGAAGCAAGCAGGUUCUUUCACCAAAUAGAAGAGAGAGGAUUCAGGGAUAAUGUUGUUGCUUAUAAUAUUUUGAUCUGUGCAUUUUGCAAAAUGGGUAACAUGGAGGAAGCCAGGAAUCUUCUCCAGGAGAUUAAAAGGAAAGGGAUCCAGCCUGAUGUGAUCACAUAUAACACCUUGAUAGAUGGGUACUGUAAGAUUGGGAAAAUUGAGGCUGCACAUGAUUUGUUAAGUGACAUGGAAAGGCAGGGUUUAACGCCAAAUGUGGUGAGUUAUAAUACUUUAAUGGCUGGUUUUUGCAAGGUGGGUGAUCUCGAGCGUGCUGCAAAUUUGGUGGAAGUGAUGGCUGGUAAAGGAGUGGGGCUUGAUGUUGUAAGUUAUAGUACACUUUCAGAUGGAAUGUGUAAGGUUGGCAGAUACCAAGAUAUGGAGAAUUUGCUGCAUGAUAUGGCAGAGAAGGAGAUAGAACCUGAUGUUAUGAUGUAUUCACGUAUACUUAAUGCGUACUGUAAAAAUAUGCGCUUACAGGAAGCCAAAAGUAUUAUUAGAAGGAUGACAGAAAAGGGGCAUCAGACAAAUAUAGUAAUCUAUAAUUCUAUUCUGCAGGGCUUUUGCAUCAAAGGUGAUAUCAAGGAAGCAAUUAAGGUGCUUAAUGAAAUAAUUUUGAAUGGCAUUGCUCCAUCUACUGUAAUGGUUUCUCUGUUUUUAGAGUAUGUUUGUAGGUUCGGCCAGCUGGACAAGUUUUUAGACUUGUUGCCGGUCAUGCCUGACAAGGAUGGUGAUGGAUGCUGUGAUGAGUCUGCGAGUGUUUUACAGUUCAAAUUCUUGCGGCAACUAUGAGUUUGGAACAGGACCGCCAGAUGCUAUGAGCACUCCCACUUAUGUAAUCUCCUUUGUCAGAAGUAAUAGAGUAAGGUCAGAGUUAAUAUGUUGAGAAUCUGAUUUCUGCGGCAUCCUCUAGCCGCUUCACGGUUUGCAAGAUGAAAGGCCAUAUUAUCUCAAGAAGCAAUUAUGUUCUCGAAGCAUUAUUUGCAUGCCUCUUACCAUCCUCCAACUAACUUGGGUAAAGUGAACCAUUUCCCUAGCUGAGAAAUGAGGAGAUGCUACAUCUGCUGAUCGUCCAAUUAAAAAGAUACAGCCGUUUUACUUGGCUCAUCCAUAGGAGCUGAGAAGGGGUACGGCAAAAACUGAAGAGGCAAGUUUUCUUUUACCGUAUGAUCCUGGUGUGACCGAGGGUAAUGGCUAAAAAUUUCAGCGUUUCGUUUGAAAUCUCCAAGAUCAUGGUAUCUUUUAUCCAAAGGUAUGGGAAUUGUGACAACACCUAACAAGAGAUGUCUCUCAAGGGUGUAAUUUUUGAGGAAUUUUUGGCAUUCUAUGCAAGAAUAUUGAAUCUAUAACCAUGAACAUUCUUAUUUUUGUUGGGUACGGUUCAAGACUUGCCUACUUUGGGUCAAGAUUCAUAGCGGGUUUGGUUGCUCUUCUGGUAUGCUGCUUCAUGUUGAAAUGAAUUGUUCCAUACUAUCAGAGAUUGCAACAGGCCUAGCGAAUACCGCUACCAUCCUCUACCACCUCCACCACUGCCAUGACCUGCUCCUUGUCCCCUUGGGUAAGAGGGGGUCAGCUAUGAAGUGCAACCCUAUAAGAAUUCUCCAGAAAGGAAUGAGCAACGUAUUAUAGCUGGCUGUCAGCCCAAAUCAUCCACCAGAAUCAUGUAAACAUUUUUAUCUAUCUUUUGUUGCAAAUUAGUAUUUCAUUAUACGUAUUGGAUACCGAAAGCUAGUAUGCAUAGGCUUAAAAAUCUAUCACUAAAAGGCCGUGAGCCAUUUUUUGUAAUGCCCAAGACAAAAAAAACAUUAUUGUGCUUGUACGAUGAUUGUUUGUUCAGUCACAUCUCAAGGAAUAUUUUUGAGCUCAAUUGGAUAUAUACUAAAGCCUAAACUUAUUGCAA